AUGUUAAAAGAGGUGUUAGCCUCAGCCCGCAUGCAUCCAUCUGGCGGUUCACUUGAUAAAUUCAACGGGAGACUCGGACUUGGAUUGGAAGACCGUUACGAUUUGGAAGCUGGCAUUAGUAGAGAGAAAAUGCAGGCUAUCAAGGAUAAGCUAAAUGACAUGAGCACCAUGCGCAAGGUCAAGGCUGAAGCAAAGGCCGAGGAGAAGGCGGAGAAGGAAAUGGCAAAAACGAGGAUGGAUGUUGCUCACGAGGUUCGAUUGGCAAAAGAGGCUGAAGGACAAAUGGAGCUGCAUGUGGCCAAGGCUGAAAAAAAGAUUGAGAGGGAGAUUGCAAAACAUGAAUUGGAUGAUGGUAAUAUUGAUAAUAAUGCAUUUCAAAAUAAUAAUAUUAAUAUGGAUGGCAACGUCAACAACUAUGGAUCUCAAGAUUACAAUGCCAACAACCACGGAGCUGGAUAUGCUUCCCAGAAUGACGACUGCUACUACCGCCGCGGCACUGGGGCUCCAGCUGACACCACCGCUGCCUCUGCUGCAAGUUACACCACUGCUAAUCAUGGAGCUGCUUCUUUUCCACACAACGAACGCUUGUGA